AUGAAGUUAACAGCAAGCAUAGCCACUCUUUUAGCGGUCACCUUAUUUACCAUCACAGAUGCCGCCUCUACCUCAAAAGCUAAACCUCUCCACUUCAAUCUCGACGCCAAUCCUUCGUAUCGUCGUAAUGCUACUCGUUCCGUCCUAAGAGCUCGUGGAAAGUACGCCAGUCAUUUGACCGGCUUAACAGAGUUCUCUCGCCCAGGAGCUGUUGCUAUGGCCGACUACGAAAAUGAUAUCGAGUACUACGGCAAUGUUAAGGUCGGAACUCCAGCCCAAACUCUUAAAUUGAACUUCGACACAGGAUCUGCUGAUCUUUGGUUUGCUUCUACUCUUUGUUCAAACUGUGGAAGCAAGCACAAAAAAUUCAACCCAAAAAAGUCAAAGACCUAUAAAAAAGACAGCACCAAAUGGUCAAUUGGCUACGGAGAUGGAUCUUCUGCUAGCGGUACUAUGGCCUAUGAUACUGUUAAUCUUGGUGGAAUUUCCAUCAAGAAGCAAGGCAUAGGACUCGCUCAGAGAGAAUCUUCCGCCUUUGUUUCUGAUCCCGUUGAUGGUCUGCUUGGCCUUGCCUUUAACAGUAUAAUCACUGCCGAAAACUUCAAGACUCCUAUGGAUAAUAUGAUCUCUCAAAAGCUUAUCAAGAGUCCUAUAUUCAGUGUCUAUCUCGGAAAACAAGCUAAGAAAGGUGGAGGUGAAUUCCUCUUUGGUGCUUAUAACUCUGCACAUGUUGGUGGCAAGUUAACUACUGUUCCUGUUGACAAAUCCCAAGGCUUUUGGGAUAUCAAGAUCAGCAAAAUGACUGCUGGAAAGUCUAGUAUUGGAUCCUUCAGAGGUAUCAUUGAUACCGGAACCACUCUUUUGCUGUUUACCGAUGAAAUGGCCGCAAAGGUUGCCAAGGGCUACGGUGCCAAGGACAAUGGGGACGGUACUUACACGAUUAAUUGCGACCCUAAGAAGCUUUCUCCUCUCGUCAUGACCAUCAAUGGAGCUAAAUUCCAAAUUCCCGCCGCCGACCUUGUGUUUGAUAAGAUAGGCAAUACUUGUUACGCCGGUUUUGGAUACGCUGGUCUUGACUUUGCUAUUCUCGGGGAUGUCUUUAUCAAGAACAACUAUAUCAUCUUUAACCAGAAAGUACCUAAUGUCCGCAUCGCACCUGUCAAAUAAACAAUAUCAGCACCCGAAAAACUCUGUUAAUUUUCUUUUUCUUUGAUAUUAUUCAUUCGCUUUUGUAAUAAAAUAGCUAAAGUUAAUAUUAAAGCAAUAAUCUUAUUCAUAUAUAUGAAAAUAUAACAGCAUUUAGAGUAUAAUCUUUAUGAUUAAG